GGCGCCGCGCUCCCCGGCCCCAAUUCGAUAGGCCCAGCCCCGCACGCGCCACCGCUCGCGGGCCAAUGGGCGGCAGCCUCUCUGCAUAUGCAACGAGUGCGGGCCGGGGGUGAGCGUCCCAGGCGGUUCCGCUCAACAGACGCUGCUGUGGCGGCGCCGGGCUGCGACACUGCAGUUGUCGACGCGGCCGGGGCCGGGACGAGGAGGCGUUGGACGGGGUCGCAGACGUUCAUCCCCUCGCAGUGCGGCCCCGACAGCUUCGCCAGGAUCCCCGGGCGGCGGCGCGGGGCGUGAACGCUCUGGGGCUCAGCCAGGCCUGCGCGGGCCCGAGGCCGGAGGAACCGGGAUUCCGACGUAGCGGUUUUGACACAAGGGCACAUAUCUUCAAAGCACCUAGUACCUCCUACCAUUGUCAACUGAUACAGAAUUCGUUGUUGGGAAGGACUAGGGGAACAGCUGUAACAUUUGCCACCCUCAGAAGCUGCUGGUCCUGUGUCACACCACCUUAGCCUCUUGAUCGAGGAAGAUUCUCGCUGAAGUCUGUUAAUUCUACUUUUUGAGUACUUAUGAAUAACCACGUGUCUUCAAAACCAUCUACCAUGAAGCUAAAACAUACCAUCAACCCUAUUCUUUUAUAUUUUAUACAUUUUCUAAUAUCACUUUAUACUAUUUUAACAUACAUUCCAUUUUAUUUUUUCUCUGAGUCAAGACAAGAAAAAUCAAACCGAAUUAAAGCAAAGCCUGUAAAUUCAAAACCUGAUUCUGCAUACAGAUCUGUUAAUAGUUUGGAUGGUUUGGCUUCAGUAUUAUACCCUGGAUGUGAUACUUUAGAUAAAGUUUUUACAUAUGCAAAAAACAAAUUUAAGAACAAAAGACUCUUGGGAACACGUGAAGUUUUAAAUGAGGAAGAUGAAGUACAACCAAAUGGAAAAAUUUUUAAAAAGGUUAUUCUUGGACAGUAUAAUUGGCUCUCCUAUGAAGAUGUCUUUGUUCGAGCCUUUAAUUUUGGAAAUGGCUUACAGAUGUUGGGUCAGAAACCAAAGACCAACAUCGCCAUCUUCUGUGAGACCAGGGCCGAGUGGAUGAUAGCUGCACAGGCGUGUUUUAUGUAUAAUUUUCAGCUUGUUACAUUAUAUGCUACUCUAGGAGGUCCAGCCAUUGUUCAUGCAUUAAAUGAAACAGAGGUGACCAACAUCAUUACUAGUAAAGAACUCUUACAAACAAAGUUGAAGGAUAUAGUUUCUUUGGUCCCACGCCUGCGGCACAUCAUCACUGUUGAUGGAAAGCCACCAGCCUGGUCUGAGUUCCCCAAGGGCAUCAUUGUGCAUACGAUGGCUGCAGUGGAGGCCCUGGGAGCCAAGGCCAGCAUGGAAAACCAACCUCAUAGCAAACCAUUGCCCUCAGAUAUUGCAGUAAUCAUGUACACAAGUGGAUCCACAGGACUUCCAAAGGGAGUCAUGAUCUCACAUAGUAACAUUAUUGCUGGUAUAACUGGGAUGGCAGAAAGGAUUCCAGAACUGGGAGAGGAAGAUGUCUACAUUGGAUAUUUGCCUCUGGCCCAUGUUCUAGAAUUAAGUGCUGAGCUUGUCUGUCUUUCUCACGGAUGCCGCAUUGGUUACUCUUCACCACAGACUUUAGCAGAUCAGUCUUCAAAAAUUAAAAAAGGAAGCAAAGGGGAUACAUCCAUGUUGAAACCAACACUAAUGGCAGCAGUUCCGGAAAUCAUGGAUCGGAUCUACAAAAAUGUCAUGAAUAAAGUCAGUGAAAUGAGUAGUUUUCAACGUAAUCUGUUUAUUCUGGCCUAUAAUUACAAAAUGGAACAGAUUUCAAAAGGACGUAAUACUCCACUGUGCAACAGCUUUGUUUUCCGGAAAGUUCGAAGCUUGUUAGGGGGAAAUAUUCGUCUCCUGUUGUGUGGUGGCGCUCCACUUUCUGCAACCACGCAGCGAUUCAUGAACAUCUGUUUCUGCUGUCCUGUUGGUCAGGGAUACGGACUCACUGAAUCUGCUGGGGCUGGAACAAUUUCCGAAGUGUGGGACUACAAUACUGGCAGAGUGGGAGCACCAUUAGUUUGCUGUGAAAUCAAAUUAAAAAACUGGGAGGAAGGUGGAUACUUUAAUACUGAUAAACCACACCCCAGGGGUGAAAUUCUUAUUGGGGGCCAAAUUGUGACAAUGGGAUACUACAAAAAUGAAGCAAAAACAAAAGCUGAUUUCUUUGAAGAUGAAAAUGGACAGAGGUGGCUCUGUACUGGGGAUAUUGGAGAGUUUGAACCCGAUGGAUGCUUAAAGAUUAUUGAUCGUAAAAAGGACCUUGUAAAACUACAGGCAGGAGAGUAUGUUUCUCUUGGGAAAGUAGAGGCAGCUUUGAAGAAUCUUCCACUAGUAGAUAACAUUUGUGCAUAUGCAAACAGUUACCAUUCUUAUGUCAUUGGAUUUGUUGUGCCAAAUCAAAAGGAACUAACUGAACUAGCUCGAAAGAAAGGACUUAAAGGGACUUGGGAGGAGCUGUGUAACAGUUGUGAAAUGGAAAAUGAGGUACUUAAAGUGCUUUCCGAAGCUGCUAUUUCAGCAAGUCUGGAAAAGUUUGAAAUUCCAGUAAAAAUUCGUUUGAGUCCUGAACCGUGGACCCCUGAAACUGGUCUGGUGACAGAUGCCUUCAAGCUGAAACGCAAAGAGCUUAAAACACAUUACCAGGCGGACAUUGAGCGAAUGUAUGGAAGAAAAUAAUUAUUCUCUUCUGGCAUCAGUUUGCUACAGUGAGCUCAGAUCAAAUAGGAAAAUACUUGAAAUGCAUGUCUCAAGCUGCAAGGCAAACUCCAUUCCUCAUAUUAAACUAUUACUUCUGAUGACGUCACCAUUUUUAACUGACAGGAUUAGUAAAACAUUAAGACAGCAAACUUGUGUCUGUCUCUUCUUUCAUUUUCCCCGCCACCAACUUACUUUACCACCUAUGACUGUACUUGUCAGUAUGAGAAUUUUUCUGAAUCAUAUUGGGGAAGCAGUGAUUUUAAAACCUCAAGUUUUUAAACAUGAUUUAUAUGUUCUGUAUAAUGUUCAGUUUGUAACUUUUUAAAAGUUUGGAUGUAUAGAGGGAUAAAUAGGAAAUAUAAGAAUUGGUUAUUUGGGGGCUUUUUUACUUACUGUAUUUAAAAAUAUAAGGGUAUUGAUAUGAAAUUAUGUACAUUUCAAAUGCUUAUGAAUCAAAUCAUUGUUGAACAAAAGAUUUGUUGCUGUGUAAUUAUUGUCUUGUAUGCAUUUGAGAGAAAUAAAUAUACCCGUACUUAUGUUUUAAGAAA